AUGCCCCAGAAUGUUGGCAGAUCUUCCGUUGCGGAUCUUCUACAAGCAGCAGCUGCUGGGAGUGUAGAUGUGUGUAAGCACAUCUUGGCGCAGCAGCCGAACUUGUUGGAGGUGUGCGACGGAAAGGGGCGAACGCCCUUAACUCUUGCCACAAUGCAUGGCCAUCUUGAGGUUUGCCAAAUCUUGAUUGCGGCAAGAGCAGAUGUGGAGGCAGUUGACAAGGCGGACAAAACCCCUUUGGCUUACGCAGCAGCCCGCGGGCACAGUGACAUCGCUGCAUUGCUGCUGGACCACGGGGCAGAGAUUGAGGCCACCGACUGCAUUGUGCGGGACAUGGGCUGCCUCUUGCUGUGA